UUUGUUCUUUCGCCGCCACCACAAGACCUUUUUUUAAAGUUCUUGUGCAGUUUCUUUAGAAACACACACGAGUUCCCCCGCACCUGGCGGUCUUUGAAUGCAUCGUCAGGCUAGCAUAGGAAUGCAUCUCAAUGCGCCACUAUGACGUCAUUCGAUGCAGCGCCCCGCCUUCUUUACUGUUGUGCAGCAGCUGCCUGAUCAUGGUGAUGAUGGAGAAGAAGAUGCUGACUGCAACCACCAUGCAAGUCCCCGUGCUGCUACUUAUAACCCUCCUAAGCACUUGCAAUGGCAUCCUCCCUGAUACAGUGGACUCAGGAAUUAGCCACAUCCUUGACAAUUCUAUUCCAGAGGACCACAUAUUGGUGCAAAGGGAGCAACUGGACCAUGAUGAGCAGCUAGAAACUGAGCAGCAAGAGAAAAUCAUUGCUACAACAACUGUCCCGGACAAUGAGCCAGACAACCACAUUGACACUGGCUGCGUCACCACUGAGGAUUGUGGGAAGGGGAGGUACUGUCUUUUGGAGAAACACUACUCCAAGUGUCAAGCUUGCAAGGAAACUGACAUGCCCUGCGCUGAAGAUGAGGAAUGCUGUGACACUCAGUUGUGUGUUUGGGGUCAGUGCAGUCCAAAUGCAACCAAAGGACACGCGGGGAGUACAUGCCAGCACCAAGACCACUGCAGCCAGGACCUCUGCUGUGCCUUCCACUCAGCCCUGCUCUUCCCAGUCUGCUCUGCAAAGCCUAUUGAGCGAGAGCGUUGUUUUCCUGCUUCCACCCAACUGACAGCGGAUAAAUCCCCCAAGAAACACUGUCCCUGUGGAGGGGAUCUCCACUGCCAGCGUCUGGGGCGAGGCUCCAUGUGUCUUCAAGCAGUCCACACGAGUGAAGAGGACUUGACGGACAGCCUUUACUCAGCCAUAGACUACGUCCUGUAAAUGCUUUGCAGACCUACACAAGAGAAACACAGCAUGAAAUGUGUUUUUCAUGCUUACCUUAGGUUUAAAAGUCUGUUUUGUUAGUCAGUGAAUAGCCAAUUGUAGGUGACUGGCCUGGAGGGUUCACUAGACACUCAUCAGAUCCAAGCAGGGUUUGUAACCCCACUGCUAGUAAGCACUCAACUGCUAGUAUGCACUCAACUUUAUGCACUUCAACAGCAUAUAUAAUGUAUUGCACAAUUAAAAGUUGUACAAAUUCAAUCAAUGUUGCCAUUAUCAAGGAGCAUAUACAAAUAUAUAUAUAUAUAUAUACAAAUAUAUAUAUAUAUAUAUAUAUAUAUAUAUAUAAAUAAAUAAUGUGGGGCUGUACAACGAGCUCACAUCUUGGGCUUUUGGCUUGUUGCCCAUCACACUCGAUUCAAUCGGUGCACUCCAGUUCAAUCCCCGUGUAAAUCAAAAACACUGACAAACGGUAUAGAAAAUGACCCAAAAAAUUAAAUGAUGCAGGGCAGAUGAACCACGAUAAUAAACAAUGCAGCAACAGAACAUUGUACCCCAUACAUAAUCAAAGGUAAGUACAUAGCAUCUUAACAUUAAUAUACAAUGGAAUACUACCAUUAUUUGAUUUAUAUAUGCAUUUGCUGGAGGUGUAUUAUUUACAGUUUUUAAACAAAUCCAGUAGGGGUGUGGGGGGAAAAAAAUACAUUCGAAUACGAAUCGCGAUUCUCAUGUUGUGCGAUUCAGAAGCGAUUCUAAUUUUUUUUUUUUAAUGAUUUUUUUUUUUUUAACAAUCCAACAAACCAAUACAUAGCAAUACCAUAACAAUGCAAUCCAAUUCCAAAACCAAACCUGACCCAGCAGCACUCAGAACUGCAAUAAACAGCAAUUGAGAGGAGACACAAACACGACACAGAACAAACCAAAAGUAGUGAAACAAAAAUUAAUAUCAACAACAGUAUCGAUAUUAUUUAUAAUUUCAGCAUAGCAGUGAUUAAAAAUCCCUCAUUGACAUUAUCAUUAGACGUUUAUAAAAAUAAAAAAAAAGAACAAUAGUGUCACAGUGGCUUACACUUGCAUCGCAUCUCGUAAGCUUAACACACUGUGUCUAAUGUUUUCACAAAGAUAAAAUAAGUCAUAUUUUUGGUUUGUUUAAUAGUUAAAACAAAUUUAAAUUAUUGCAAUCAGUUGAUAAAACAUUGUCCUUUACAAUUAUAAAAGUUUUUUUUUUUAAAUCUACUACUCUGCUAGCGUGUCAGCAGACUGGGGUAGAUCCUGCUGAAAUCCUAUGUAUCAAAUGAAUACAGAAUCGUUUUGAAUUGGAAAAAUAUUGUUUUUGAAUCGAGAAUCGCGUUGAAUCGAAAAAAAAAAUUGAUAUAUAAUCGAAUCGCGAUCCCAACAAUCGAUAUUGAAUCGAAUCUUGGGACACCCAAAGAUUCGCAGCCCUAAAAUCCAGUCUAUAUGUGUUUUGUUUACAAGUUGUAAACAAAUUCAGUCUUUUAAAGAUUGACUAAAUUCAAACGAAAUCACUUUGAAAAUUUAAAAAAAUAAAAUAAUCUGAGGUUAUGAAAUAAAGCAUUUUAAUUAAAUCCUAAAAACAUCUCAAACUAUUUUCACAGGAUUUGAAUUUCAAAACAAACACCAACGGAAAAAAACAGAAUUUCUUCUGAUAUUGGCAUUUCUACAGUGAACAGCUGGUACCAGCAUCAAAGCCCAGCCGGUGAGACACAGGUGGUUUGGUGGCCUUUCUCCACCCUCUGGUGUCCAUCUUAUCAAGCAGCAGUGGGUGGGGGCACCCACUCCACCUCCUGCUUGUAAGUGAAAAACCCAAAUAAAAGCGAGCUCCCCUAAGUUAAACAUGAGAUCAGGUAGUUGAAUCAACAAAUACACCUUAGGUUAUUACAAACGGGUGUGAACUCAGCCUCAAAUGUUGAUUACAAUUGAAGGGAAUCACAAUUUACAGAAAACAAGGCUGUUCAAUUGAGAAUCUUUACUUGGAGUUCUUCAUUAGUAAUUUGAAGCUCUUGGUCUGACAACCUAGUGGAGGUGGUGUUGAUCAAGGAAUGAAGACAUACCAAUCAUAGAGCAGCUUGCCUGAUGUGUCAUGCCGUAAUGCUUGACAAUGAAGUGUGAGAAGAGGAAGUGCAAGCAGAGAAAGUGUGACGAGUGAGAGGAUGAAUAUGUUCAGGUCUAGAACAUCCAACAUUAACGCCAAUUUGUCCAAACAGUGUGUAGGAUUCAUUUUCUGGCAGGACUACCUUCUCAAACUCCCAAUAAACUUUACAGUACGAUACAACCAACAGUGUGCAAUAGGGUUUCAGAGCUCAGAGAGGAGGCUGAGGGCAUUUCAACUUCACAACACUGUUUGGCUUUCAAGUUUUUUUCGGACCGCUUAUCCACACCUUGAGUCUCACUGAGACGGUCAGCCACUGGGCUGCAGCAGCCAGAAAAUCAAACUGACCCAGAGACGCUGUUGGAACACAGUCCUGUCACGGGUCCUUAGCAGGGCCUCCAUCCAAGUAGAUCUUAAGGGCCUUCUCUUUACGUGGUGAGUAGCUGACUCGAUGUCCAGUCUUGAGCAGGCGGCUGCUCUCCUUCUUCAUUAGUUCAUUGCGCUCAUCCUCUGAUAGCUCCAUAGGCUCCUCUGUGCUGUCCCUGCACACAACCACAGUAAUGAAGGUCUCAGUCACGUACAGUACAAGGGGGCGGGGGUUGAAGACGAGUUUCAACAAAACGACUCUGAAAAGUCAUCUUAAAAUUUACCGUUGUGAAGAUCUAUGGAAGCAGCACAAAGCUGUCUGUGUUGCAAAGCUGAGAUCUAGUGUUAAUUGUAGCAACUGCAGAAAUCGUAAAGCCACAGGACUGAUGAUAAAGCAUUAGGGGCAACACUAAUAUAAUUGUGUUGAACUAUAUAAUUCAUCUGGAGGCACUUCAAGUCACUUUUAAUUAUCUAUUAGUAGACAAAUCGCACUUUUCUCUUUGAACCAAGAUUUAUUUAUCUUCUACAAUGGAAUGUUGCCUUUCUAUGAGGCUUACUUAUUGUACUUUUAUAACAGUCACAAAAAAAUAUAAUUAUAUUUAUUUUAGUCAAUCAACAAGAGAUGUGACUAAGCAAUGCAUUAUCUUUCUGGCUUUGUUCUAUUGACCUCAUUUAUAGCAGGUUUGGACAGGUAUUUUUUAUUUAUUUAAUGAAAUCGUAUUCAGAAUGAGUCGCUUGUUUAUCAAUUAAAUAAUUGAUAAGUUUAAAUAAAAAUAAAUUCCAACUUCUUUAUACUCUACAUACUUCAAUUGUUUUCAUGAGUCAGAAAUAGAGUGUAUUUGCACUCAAAUUACAGGUAUUUAUGUAAAGAAAUACUCAACAUGAAUCAUUUUCCCUACAAUAAACGUGUAUAUUUUUGGUAGCGUGUAUGUGCCAUUAUGGGCGUAAGUGUGAGCUGUUCAUUAAUUUUAUUUCACAAAAUCUUGUGCAAAUAUAUAUACAUAAAUAUUGGUUAUUGUUUUCGGUAAAUAAUUGUAAAGGUCUGGAAAUGGGUUCAAAUGUCCAUUAUUGUGCAUGCUUAUGAAAAACCCUAACACUACUGGAAUAAAAUACUUCAACUGUCAUGUUUUAAUCACAUCUUGCAAUUUAAGUCGGUUGAUUUCUUUUUCACUGUGGUUAUAUACAGUACUUAAUGUAAUGAAGUAAAACCACUAGUUUUGCAGUAUUUUGUUUCUUUUGUUGGAAUCUAAUUUAAAACACAGUAUGCCGGCUUACUCCCAUCUCCAGAGACAUGCACACAGGGAUAGGUUGAUUGGCAACACUAAAUUGGCCCUAGUGUGUGAAUUUUAAUGGUUGUGUGUCUUUGUGUUGGCCAACUUGUCCAGGUUGUACCCUGUCUUAAGCUGGAUAAGCUCGAGCCCCCCGCGACCCCGGAGGGACAAGCGGUGGAAAAUGAAUGGACUGAAAUAAAAUAAACUUAGACUCAAUGUCAACAUGUAGGGAAGAUCAUGAACAAUUGUAUAACAAGUCAAAACAAUAUUCGCUGACCAGUCAACAAAUUAAAUAAUCUUUAGUUGCACCUUGACGAGUAGCACAGGAACGAUUAAAAAAGAAUUUACGUGAAAAGUAGCUAACCUGUAGAAGACCACGGCACCAUCGUCACAGAUAUACAGAGGCCACAUGUUUAACGUUGACACCUUUGGGUUCCAGUCUAAAUCCUGAUGGAUCUCCAGCACUGAAAUGUCACAGGGAAAUGUUCCUCGACCCUGCACAUAGCAACAUGCAAUGACUCAGUUAAAACUAUAACAGAAGCAAGUUAGAUCAAAUGACAGUGAGAGGAAAUCACACACCUUGGCAAACUCAAGCUUUUCAAGUGGAAUUUUACUGAUUUCACUGAGCUGCAAUCACAACAAAGAAAAAGCUCAAUUGGAGCAACUUUAAUUUUAACUAUUGUGAGGAGCCAUUUCAGAGCACCUUCUCCUUAAGUUCUUCGACAUUGCUGCUUUCCAGAAUGAUUUCCUGGAAGGAACCAAGCUUCAUUAUAGCUGGGCUCCACCUACGGGUUAGGACGGCCAGCUGAGACAUUGAUUUCAUCUUCUCUGGCUCUGGGAAAACAAUCAGUACACUUUAUGACAGCACUUUCAGUACAGUACUGUAUUUUUCUCAGAUAUGAGUUACCAUUAAGGGCUUCCAGGAAAACUUCCCAGUUAGAGGAGAUGCUGAUGUCUUCCUCAUAUACAUGGUAAUCAAGGAAUACGGUGCCUGGAUUCUUCCAUGUCUUUUUCCUGAGGCGCACCCUAAAUUGAGAAACAAAAUGUGUUCAGGUGCUGGGCUUUAACUUGUGGUUGUGUGAACUUGUGUACAUGUGUGGGCAUACUGAUCAAUGCUGACGUCAAGCUUGCACUGCUCUUUUAACAGAGGAAGCAGCUCCUCUUUAGACUGUCUGACAGUCAUGCCCUUGGCAAACACAGUGUCCACGAGGAACUUGCAUGGCUACAUAAAACAAUUGGAAGACAACAUUUAGCUCUAUAAUCAGGUCACUUGCACCAAUAAUAUCUGUUUUGCUUUGCCUCUCACCUCCUGCUCAUUUACCAGCAGUUGAUAGACCUUCACUCUGUAUUCACCCUUUUUAAGUGCUCUCCCAAGGCGAAUGGUUAUCUGCAGUGUGCAAUGAAAUGUAACGUUACAUGGCACUAAAACAUAACCAAAUGAAAGCAGUUUUGAUAAAUAACCCUGACCUUGUUAUCAUCAGAGAACGAUGACAGUGUUUCAUUGAGUCUUACACUCUCAAACUCCUGGUUGUUGGCGUAAACCCGAAACACUUUGAACUGGGUCGAAGCAACACCCACAUAGGGUUCCAGGUUCUGUUUGAACGCUGCCAAUGUUAUCCUCUUGUCCACAUGAACCGCUAAAACUGAAGAUUAAACACAGUUUAACACGAGCAAACUCUCAAAAAAACAAAACAUUAAUAUUUGCAGGGUAUUAGAUUAUUUUAGUACAAAAUAUGUAUAUCUAUGUCAAAAGCUAUACAAGUCCUGUUUAGAAACAUACAUAUGAGUAGUAUUUGAUGCAGUCUAGUUAAUAGCCACUUCAAAACAUUUCCACUGUAAUAGAUAAUUGUGAAAAAGCCUUCAUGCUAUUGGAAUCUUUGCUGAGGGCAAUGAAAUCAAUCAGUUUAUAGCAGCAAGCAUGUCAUCAGAGCCAAAAAAAAGGCACAAUUUACUUGGAGAUUCUAAAAUCUCCAACUACAGACUAUCAUUUACCAGUUACUUAUCUACGAUCCGCUUUCUAUGUGACAUUGAGACUGUAUAGAAUUGUGCUUCAAACAUUACACUGCGUAAAAACACGCUUGGAUUUCUUGGCUUCUGAGAUUUUUAUCGUACCUCAAACUGACGUUCUCACUGACUUUUUUCAAUCAACAGAACACAAUCAAGAUUGCUUACUCUGCCAAGAUGGAACUGUUUAGCUUCUCACCAUAGGCGUUUGAGUUGACCUAAUACGUUUAAGAAAGCUUUACUAAUAUCUUACAGGAAAUAAUCAUUCCAUUAUUGUCCCCUAAAUUAAGAAUCUCAAAACAAAACACGGUUGUUAACAAUAUGCAGUAUUGUUCGGUGACACUGCUUUUCUCCAUAAUCAGCAAGCCAAUUUUCUCUAAACUUACUCAUUUGAAGACACAACAUGAAAAAUACACAGUUCUGUCAAACCUGUCAACAGUUGCCACAAAAAGUUCCCCUGCAGAGAAAAGUAGAUUUAAAAACCUUCCUUAUAGCAGACACCUGUAUAGAUGAAGUCUCAGUUGUUAUUUAGUUUUUUUCGGAUAAACUUGCUACGAUAAUGAUUGUUUUCUUGUUGUGAAUUGCUUUCUUUCAUAAUAUUCUAAUAAUAUCAAUUAAUGAUAACGCUCACUUGCGAUUUGUGAACACCCGGCAUGGCCAUUUGCAUACGUGGCUGGCAGUGCCAUACAUACGUCAAUUAGGGCCGCAUACAUAGUAUCCUGCACUAACGAGCACUCUGCCUCAUGUUUUCUCAAACUUUCAACAAAUCAGAAAGCAGCAGCUCUUUAAUCUUGCCGUCUAAGAAAUCAUUGACACUACCAUCAUCUCAUACCUUGUGGUUACUAAUCUAAUGCUACCCGUCGUAUCCAGCUUCAACUUGUGAGUUUGUGAUAGCUGCAAGCACUGCAAAUCCUGGCUCAAUAUGGCUUUUAACCUUCAUGUGGUGGCCACUUUUGCAGUUUCCCCUUAGUGGUUGCUAUAGACAGGUUUGAGUAUAAUUUUCUAAAUUCCAUCAUGAAUAGAAGCGACAUACAUUUUUGUGCAUUACAGGCAGGAUCAUCCUGGGAACAAGGUUCUGCUCUAAAGUACAAGUAAUGGGCCUGUGUUUUGUUCUUCCCGUUGUCGUCAUACUCGCUGUCCGUCCCAGAGUCUUCCUCUGCUGUGUCCCAGGUCUCUUUUUUUCCCUCGUGGGCUUUGGAGCGACGGCUACUGGUGAUGCUGUGCGAGUCCAAGCCAUUGGCCAGCUGGAUGGGACCACUGUCUGCAUUGCACAAUGUGUCGCUACUGUGACUGGAGCUCAGGAUGUCGCUGUCCACUGAGCUGGUGCUGCGGUCAUUGUUUACCUCAGAGUCCGAGCGUUC